AUGUCUCAAGUGGGGGACGCCAAAGAAAUACGGAGCCCCAGUGCUGACGCGCCGUCACUACUGAACGAGCCGAUAGCACCCGUACCUCAAGCUAUAACUAUACCAGAUGGUGGCCUUCGAGCAUGGCUAAGUGUCCUAGGAGGUUUUUGUGUUCUCGUGUCGACCUUCGGGUAUUCCAACUCGUUUGGAGUAUUUCAAGACUAUUAUGUUUUGAAAGGAGCGUCAACUGCCUCGAAUGUCAGUUGGAUAGGCUCACUUCAACUAUUCCUCAUGUUUGCAAUGGGCCUUCCUGCAGGGAGGCUAUUCGAUGCUGGGUAUUUCCAUCAUACCUCCGUCAUUGGCAGUUUUCUAUACGUGUUUUCGAUAUUCAUGUUGUCACUGGCUGAUCCUCGCCGCUACUAUCAGCUCGUCCUAUCUCAGGGAGUCGGAAUGGGAUUAGGAAGCGGCCUACUGCUAGUUCCGACAAUGUCUGCUCAAGCGCAUCACUGGAGGAAAAGGCGUUCGCUUGCAAUGGGAAUCGUCAUGACAGGUCUGCAAGCUUUCCCUUAUAGUAAUCGUGCACUGGAGUCCGAUAGAAUUAUAGGUUCCGGAGUCGGUGGCCUCAUCUAUCCAAUCAUGUUAAACCGACUUAUAUACAGCAAAGUUGGUUUUGCAUGGGGGGUACGGGCCACUGCUUUCUUAACAUUGGGACUACUUAUCAUCGCCAACUGUACUAUUACAACGCGACUACCGAGCGCAAAGAACCGGCCUCCUGGACCAAAGCCGGAUAUCAAGGCAAUCCUCAGCGACAUGCCAUAUGUAUUAGUAUUGGUGACGGCCUUCCUCGUCCUCUGGGGAAUGUUCUAUCCAUACUUCUACCUGCAGCUCUGGGUUAACCUCCAUGGUUUGUCUAACAAUCUUGCAUUUUAUACGAUUGCCAUCCUGAAUGCAUCAUCAUUGCCGGGGAGAGUGAUACCUAAUAUGCUGGCUGACCGGCUAGGCCCGUUCAAUGUAUUAAUACCCGUCUCAUUGAUUACGAGUGCACUGGUGUUUGCAAUGUUUGGUGCAGGUAACGUUGGGGCCGUGAUCGUUUUCUCCAUCCUGUAUGGAUUUUUCUCCGGGGCAGCUAUCGCUGUCUUUCCUCCAACUGCUGCUAGUCUGUCGAAAGGCGUACAUGAGAUUGGCUUGCGGCUGGGCCUCAUGUAUUUUGUCAGCUCUUUUGCGCUACUUACGGGCACCCCAAUUGUCGGAGCACUCUACGAUGCAGGAUACCGAUGGUUCAGACCAAUAGUUUUCAGUGGAGUUGUCAUCAUAGCUGGGGCGUUCGUUGCAUCGAUAGGAAGGCACUUGACGAUUCGUAGGAAGGGGUCUAAGCUCGUAUGA